GCCAGAGCCCAGCAGCGGAGGGGUUUGCAGGGACAGUCAGCCCUCAUAUGGAUGUGGAAAGGGGCUGAGGCUGCCGGAGAGCAGGCAGAUGUUUGUGAAAUCCUGUGAGUGUGCAUAGCUCGCCAUCUGGGCCGGAGAUUGUAAUUAAAACAGUGCUGACACUUGGGACGUCAUGGAGACCUCUCAGGGAUGGCUGGUGGCCUGUGUGUUAGUCAUGACCCUGGUGUGUACUGUGGCUGAAGAUGUCUGCCGAGCACCCAACGGGAAGGAUGGGGUUGCAGGAAUUCCUGGCCGCCCGGGGAGGCCAGGUCUCAAAGGAGAGAGAGGGGAGCCAGGAGCUGCCGGCAUCCGGACCGGUAUCCGAGGUCUUAAAGGAGACCCGGGGGAAUCUGGGUCCCCUGGCAAACCUGGCAAUGUGGGAUUCCCGGGUCCCAGUGGGCCCCUGGGGAACAGCGGCCCCCAAGGACCAAAGGGUGCGAAAGGCAAUCCAGGCAAUAUCAGGGACCAGCCCCGGCCAGCUUUCUCAGCCAUUCGGCAGAACCCACCGAUGUUGGGCAACGUGGUUAUCUUUGACAAGGUCCUCACCAACCAGGAGAGUCCAUACCAGAACCGCACAGGUCGCUUCAUCUGUGCGGUACCCGGCUUCUAUUACUUCACCUUCCAAGUGAUCUCCAAGUGGGACCUUUGUCUGUCUAUUGUGUCCUCCUCCCGGGGCCAGCCCAGGAAUUCCCUGGGCUUCUGUAACACCAACAGCAAGGGGAUCUUCCAGGUGUUAGCAGGGGGCACCGUGCUUCAGCUGCAACGAGAGGACGAGGUGUGGAUCGAGAAGGACCCCACAAAGGGUCGCAUCUACCAGGGUACUGAAGUCGACAGCAUUUUCAGUGGAUUCCUUAUUUUCCCCUCGGCCUGAGCUGGGGAGUCGCCCCACAGUCUGCCAUCUCCUGCACUCCCCUGUUGCAAGGCUCCCCCGCCCUGCAUCCCUUCCCUCUGCAUUCUGCAAAGUGAAAGGACUUUAGCACGGGGUGGGGGGGGGGCGGGGAGGAGGGGCUGGCUCGGGAAGGCACUGAGGACUGAUGUCUCUGCACACAGCCCAGUGGUUUCUUUAAGCACUUUCUGGAAUAAAUGACCCCAUCUGUGUCUGUGA